AUGUGUGGAAUAUUCGCGUACCUGAAUUUCCACGCGAACAAAGAGAGACGAUACAUUCUCGAGGUCCUCUUCAAUGGCCUCCGUCGUCUCGAAUACAGAGGCUACGAUUCCGCCGGAAUCGCAAUCGACGACUCGCUCUCUCAAAACUCCCCUACCUCUUCUCCUCCGCUCGUGUUUCGUCAAGCGGGGAACAUCGAUUCGCUCGUCAAUUCCGUCAACGAAGAGAUUACGAAUACGGAUUUAAACUUGGACGAAGUUUUCUAUUUCCAUGCAGGGAUUGCACACACAAGGUGGGCUACUCAUGGAGAGCCAGCUCCGAGGAACAGUCAUCCUCAGUCUUCUGGUCCUGGAGAUGAUUUCUUGGUGGUUCACAAUGGCGUUAUCACUAAUUAUGAGGUACUGAAAGAAACGUUAGUCAGGCAUGGAUUUACCUUUACAUCGGAUACAGACACUGAAGUCAUUCCCAAGCUUGCCAAAUUUGUUUUUGACAAAGCAAAUGAAGAAGGUGGUGGACAGACUGUAAGUUUCUGUGAAGUUGUCUUUGAAGUGAUGAGGCAUCUCGAGGGAGCGUAUGCUCUUAUAUUUAAAAGCUGGCAUUAUCCGAAUGAGUUAAUUGCGUGCAAGCUUGGAAGUCCAUUGCUUUUAGGCGUUAAAGAGCUAGAUCAAGACAAGGACAACAUUCAUGUUUUCCAGGAUGCCCACUUUUUUUCCAAGAAUGAGCAUCCUAAGGAAUUUUUCUUGUCAAGUGACCCGCACGCUCUUGUUGAGCAUACAAAGAAAGUUUUGGUGAUUGAAGAUGGCGAAGUUGUUCACCUCAAGGAUGGAGGCGUGUCAAUACUAAAAUUUGAAAACGAGAGGCGUAACGGUUUAUCUAGACCUGCUUCAGUGGAACGUGCGUUAUCUGUUCUGGAGAUGGAGGUGGAGCAAAUAAACAAGGGGAAAUACGAUCACUACAUGCAAAAAGAAAUCCACGAGCAGCCGGAAUCUCUAACCACUACAAUGAGAGGCCGGCUUAUACGCGGUGGCUCACGCAAAGCCAAAACAGUCCUCCUAGGUGGUUUAAAAGAUCACUUAAAGACCAUAAGACGAAGCAGACGCAUAGUAUUUAUCGGGUGUGGGACAAGUUACAACGCCGCUCUUGCAUCUAGACCUAUCCUUGAAGAACUCUCUGGUAUACCAGUCAGCAUGGAGAUUGCUAGUGAUCUCUGGGACCGGCAAGGUCCGAUAUACAGAGAGGACACGGCGGUGUUUGUGAGCCAGUCCGGUGAAACUGCGGAUACGUUACUUGCUUUGGACUACGCUAGAGAAAACGGUGCGUUGUGUGUUGGUAUAACUAACACCGUUGGAAGCUCGAUAGCUAGAAAAACACACUGUGGUGUUCAUAUCAACGCAGGAGCUGAGAUUGGUGUAGCAAGUACAAAGGCAUACACAAGUCAGAUCGUGGUGAUGGUUAUGCUAGCUUUAGCCAUAGGAAGUGACACAAUCUCAAGCCAAACAAGAAGGGAAGCUAUAAUCGAUGGACUUCUUGAUUUGCCGAAUAAAGUUAAGGAAGUGUUAAAGCUAGACGAGGAAAUGAAAGAUCUCGCGCAACUGUUGAUAGACGAGCAGUCACUGCUUGUGUUUGGCAGAGGAUACAACUACGCAACGGCGUUAGAAGGAGCGUUGAAAGUGAAAGAAGUAUCGCUUAUGCACAGCGAAGGAAUACUUGCAGGAGAAAUGAAACAUGGGCCAUUAGCUUUAGUUGAUGAGAAUCUUCCCAUCGCUGUGAUCGCCACUCGCGACGCUUGUUUCAGCAAACAGCAGUCUGUGAUUCAGCAGCUUCACGCGCGAAAGGGGAGGCUGAUUGUGAUGUGUUCGAAAGGCGAUGCUGCGUCGGUGAGCUCGAGUGGUUCUUGUCGAGCCAUCGAAGUUCCUCAAGUGGAAGAUUGCUUGCAACCUGUUGUUAAUAUUGUGCCGUUACAGUUAUUGGCUUAUCAUCUGACUGUUCUGAGAGGUCACAACGUUGAUCAGCCGAGGAAUCUAGCGAAGAGUGUGACCACUCAAUAG